CGUUGUUUAUUUAAUCGGGAGGAAGCGUCGAGCUGUUGUUUUGUUGGGUCGGAGCGAUGAGCGUGAUGUGGAAGAUUGUCCUGGCUGUUUUUGCGGCGCUUCUCGCCGUCAGCUCGGCUGGUUUGAUUGGGGGCUUCCAGGACAUUGAUGUGAAUGAUGAAGGGGUGCAAAACGCCCUGAACGUCGCCGUCGUCAAACACAACAGGGAGAGCAACGCAUUGUGCCCCAGCGAAGUGGCAAGGGUGGUGAAGGCCAGGAGACAGUUGGUUGCUGGCUACAAUUACCACAUAACCACCAAGAUGGUCAGGACCGCCUGCAGAGGAACCAGUGCAAAUGCACCUUACGAGUGUGAAUUCACAGUGUGGAGCCGCCCAUGGCUGAAUGAAAUAACGGUGACGUCAGUGAAAUGCUAGAAAGAGAACUACGUGGGACCUCUUCAGUGUUCACCUGCAUAGAGAGUAAUCUGUAAUUACCUGUAGAUGAAACACAAAAGUAUUACAUUUCUAUUUCUGCCUAUGCUACUUCACUGUAGUGCAUACUAGACCUUGAAGUGUGGUUCAGAUUUUCAAAUUUUAAACUUUUUAAUGCAUAACCACUGAAACACACCUAUAACAAGUAAUUGUGUACUGAAUUAGCCUGCUAAAAAUCAUGCACUUGUUUAAAAAUGAAAUUAAAGUAGCUUGUGAACUUUAA